AUGCGGAAGGUGAAGUUCUGCCAGACUACCUACAACGAGAAGUUCUCGAAGAUCAUCGAGGAGUUUCCGAAGAUCGACGACAUCCACCCUUUCUAUGCCGAUCUUUGUAACGUCCUCUAUGACAGAGACCACUACAAGCUUGCGCUUGGCCAGGUGAAUGCUUGCAAGAAGAUUGUUGACGGCAUAGCCAAGGACUAUGUGAAGAUGAUGAAAUUCGCCGACAGCCUGUACAAGUGCAAGAUGCUCAAAAGAGCAGCCCUUGGUCGCAUGGCCACGGCUGUGAAGAAGCUCACAGGUGCCUUGUCCUUCCUCGAAGAGGUUCGGCAACACCUUGGGCGACUGCCGUCGAUCAAUCCCGCUACCAGGACCUUGAUCCUGACAGGCUACCCCAACGUCGGCAAGUCUUCGUUCAUGAACAUAGUCACCAAUGCAAACGUGGACGUGCAGCCGUACGCCUUCACUACGAAGUCUCUGUUCAUAGGGCACCUGGACCACAACUAUGUCAAGUGGCAGGUCAUCGACACACCUGGCAUUCUCGAUCACCCGCUCGAGGACCGCAACAGCAUCGAGAUGACAGCAAUCACGGCAUUGGCACAUCUCCCUGCGGCCAUUCUCUUCUUCGUGGAUGUUUCGGAGCACUGUGGCUUCAACUUAGCGACACAGGUCGCGCUGUUUCACUCCAUCAAGCCGCUCUUCCGGAAUCGGCCGCUGCUGAUCAUCCUCAACAAGACGGACUUGCGCAAGAUCUCUGAGCUCUCUGCCGAGGAAAAGCAGCUGCUCGACUCCAUGCAAGAGGUUGAAGCCGGAACGCAGGUCCACUUCUUCGAGACCUCCUGUGCGACGAAGAACGGCGUCGACUCCGCCUUGCAGAAGGGCUGCGAGCUUCUUCUGGAGCGUCGAGUGGAGCAGAAGGUACGCACGGGCAAGGCAGACAGCCUCAGGAAUCGCCUUCACAUCACGGCGGUGACACCUCCAGCAAGUCGACCGCCCUGCAUCCCAGUCUCCGUCCAGCAGAAGCGAGGCGGAGCUGUGCCCCCUGCCGAUGCCGAGGGCGGGGAGCAGCUCGAAAGAGAACGCAUGGAGGAGCUGGGUGGUGCCGGCGUCUACUCUGUGGAUCUGUGGAAGAAGACGAUCUUGGAGGAUCCCAGCUGGAAGUACGACAUGGUGCCUGAGAUCAUGGAUGGCCACAACAUUGUUGAUUUCGUUGAUCCUGACAUCGACAAGAAGCUGCAGGAGCUAGAGCGCGAAGAGGCGCUUCUGAUGGCAGAGUCGAGCCUCGUCAACGAUGAUCAGGUCAUUGGCGAGUACCAGAAAGUUCAAAAUGUUCUCGACGAAGUCCACAGCAGGAUGCGACAGAAACGGAUCGAGAGGAAGCUGAACAAGUCCAAGAACGGCCUGCCAACUAUGAGGAAAGGCCGCAAGAAGGUGGAAGAGGUGGAAGAAAAGCUUACCGAGAUCGGCCUCGAUGCCUCCAAGGUGCGUGGACGCUCUGCUUCGAGAACACGCGCGUCGUCCUUGUUGCGCAAGCGCAAGCGAACAGCUUCAGCUGGCGGCGACGAGGAGGGUGAACGUACGGCUUCAGCCCGUGCUCGCAGCAGGAGCAGGAUGGGCCUGCCAAAUGAGGAGGCGGUGCAGGUGACGGAGAAGAGGCGGCGCAAGACCCUGCGGCAGUUCAACAAGCAAGGAAAGAAGGGCGAGGCGGACAAGUGGGUCCCCGACCUCAAGCCCAAGCAUUUGUAUUCUGGCAAACGUGGCAUUGGAAAGACCGAUCGGCGCUAA